AUGUCCGGUGAUUAUUCCUCCACAGGCGGCGGCCUGAAACUAAAAGGCGUUAGUACUGGCGCUGGUGUUACCAAGAAAAAGAAAAAGAAGAAGAAUAACACAAGCACAACGACAUCUACCUCGACCGCCGAAUCCGAAACAUCUUUACAGAAAGCCUUGAAGGAUGAAGAUAACCUAGAAAUGAAGGGCUCUGGAGAAGAUGGGUCAAUGGGAGUGAGUGGAGACCACUUAAAGGAAUUGGAUCCGCGCGAUCAAUCUGGGAAAACGGCAUCGGAGCGAGCGCACGAGGAGAUGAGGAGAAGGAGGUUAAACGACCGACUCAAACGUGAAGGGGUAAAGACACAUAAAGAGCGAGUGGAGGAAUUAAAUAGAUAUCUAAGUACACUGAGUGAACAUCAUGACAUGCCCAAAAUUGGACCUGGAUGA